AUGAGCGAAGAAGCUACAUCGCAGUACGAAAACGCGGUAGCCAACGCUGGAAGGCCCGAGUUAAACGUCACCGGCGGUUCUACAGGCUUCGACCUCGUCCUCUUUUACAUACCUUCGAAAUUCCAGGCUCAACCGCCUCAGGGGAAGUUUGUGGGCAAAGGCGAGCGCCAUUAUUUUGCCUAUCAUCCAGUGAUCCUCAGCUUUGGUAUCGGUAGCCUGCUUCUGCUCGCUGUUCUCAUCAAGUACAUCCACUCCAGGGCCGCCCUGGUGUCCUGGAAAGUUCGAUAUGGCCAGAAUUCGUCAAAGACUACCAACCCAUACUCGGGUAGUGGGAACGUGCCGUCGGGUCACAGGCCUGCUCUACCGCGCAGAAACAUCUACGAUAGCUGGCUUGCUGUUCGCUUCACUGUCGCCUUUGUGGCAUUAGGACUCUUCGAACUAGUCGUCAUCUUCUUCCAACUCCGCGCCGCCAACACCAACACCAAAGACAACAUCCCGCCCCACCCCGACCUCAGCGCCGCCCGCGCCCGAGGCGACUUUGCCCUCUUCUGCCCCGGCGUCUCCGCCAGUCUUCUUAUUUUUAUCGUCUUCGGCACCACCCGGACCUUCCGCGAGUACGUCUGGACCCGAUUUGCGCCCCAACUGCUCCAGGACCGAGUCGCGGCCAGGAAGGCCCUCAAGAAGCAGAAAACCCCACCAAACGAAGGAGGAGGACAAGGAGGAGGCGAAAAUGGAGGAACCAUGGCGCCACCCGUCAUCUUGUCCACCUUCCAAAUCGGCGUCAGGAGAAACAGCAGUCACAACUCUGCAAACCCUGCUGCUGCUGACGACGACGACUUAUAUAAAGGGGUGCAGACACUGACGACCAUCAAUGGCCAUAAAUAUCGGAAUGGGCCGUAUACACCCUAUAUACGUAGCGCGACGCCGAGUCCCUGUCCCUCGCCUAGUCCGGGGCCUGGUAGUGAGGUGGAUCUGGAGAUGGGGAAUGGGAAUGGAGGGCAACACGGAGGAGGUCGCGGGAGCUAUGAGGGAAGCGGCAGCGGGAAACAACAACAACAACAACAACAAAAACACUUGCAGACGGCAAGGGCGACGACAGCCUUUGGAGUGGUUAGGAGUACAAGCCGGACGGAUGAUGAUGACGUUCCGAUUUUGAAGAAGGCGAUGCCUGCUUUUCAGAGAGGCCAUCGAUAG